AUGGCGGAGAGGGCGAAAUCUUCCCCCGGCUCCGGCUGGAGCGGAGUCUCCCUACAGCUGCCCUCCUUCUCCUCCUUCCCCGCAACUUCCGCCACGCCCGCCGCGCAGCCCUCCGCGCAGACCCCCUCAACCGCGCUGGCGGGAAUGGCUUCCGCCUUCCAGUCGUUCGGUUCCGCCUUCCAGUCCUUCGCGGGCACCGUCGCCUCCGCCAUUCCGCCCGCGUCCCCCCCGGGGAAGGCGCAGGUCGGCGCGCGGGGCGCGGGGGGGCAAGCGGACGGGGAGCGCGUGCAGGAGUUCCUGCAGGAGCUCUCCGCCAAGUCUCAGCGAGGGGUUGGGGGCGGUGAGGAGGUGUACGACCCGGCGAUGCUGACGGACGACAAGAAGCAAUGGAAGGAGCUGCAGUCCUUUAACAGUCGCAACCGCCUGCUAGAGGCGGACACAUUUAUCGACCAUUUCGUGGUGGUGGGGCUGCACCCCGAGGCGGAUCUGAGCUCCGUGGAGGCGGCCUUCGCCACGCACAAGCAUGGGCAGCUCAACGGCACCAUCAGUGACUCCGUGCCGCCGCCUGCUGUGAACCUAGAUGCACAGCUGCUCUACAAGUACCCGCCACGCAAGAAGCUCGCUCUCUCACCUUCUGACCUGCCUGGCUUCUGCUUCCCAAACGGAGUUGAGGCGAGGUGCAUGGAGAAAACGCCAUCGAUGAAGGGCUUCCACCAGUCCAUCUACGGCCAGGCAUACCAAACAGCGGACGACAAUGCAUAUGUCUUUUUGCUAGCGGUGGACGACAAUGCCACGCUGUACGGGGUGUGCAUGGUGGUGCACGAGGUCGUGCAGCGCCCGCCCUCCGUGCUCGCCAUGAAUAACGCCCUGCACGGCCCCAAGCCCACUGGAUUGCCGUCUAAAUACCUCGUCACGGCGCCGCGCUGCUACUGCUUCCUCACGCGCCUGCCCUUCUUCGACCUGCACUUUGAAGUGCUCAACACCAUCCUUGUACAGGAGCGCCUGGACCACAUGAAGCAGCACAUGCGCCGCAUCAAUGCAGGCAGCCUCCAAGCCAUGCGGUGCGGGGGCUUUCACCCCGACGACGACGACGACGACGAUGAUGACGACGAUGACAUGGGCAUGGGCACUGGGGGGUCAUUUCGCGGCAGGAAGAAGAAAGAGAAGGACCCAAUGUCGUUCGCCGUGCCGGUGUCCACACUCGCUCCUGCCCACUCGUUCUCGCGCUCCCCGUCGUCGCGGCGGCUGCAGGGUGUGAUGCGGCUCAAGGGCGAGGGGGGGGAGCAGGCGGGGCGGAGGAGCUUCAAGAGCCUGCGGGGUCUGUCGAACGUGAAGGGGCUUCAGGGAUUUAUUGCUCAGCUGCAGGCGGAGCAGCGAGGGGAGGGGGGCGGGGAGGGGAAGGGGGGUGGGGAGGGGAUGGCAGAAGGGGGGAUUGAGGAGGGCGAGGAGGGGGAAGAGGGGGAGGAGGGGGAACAGAGAGGUUUUGCAGAGGGGGAGGGGGAGGGAGGAGGGGGAGGAGGGGGGGAGGGGGAAGGCAAGGAGGAAGAGGGGGAUGAGGACGAGGAGGGGGGGAGGGGAAGGGGUGCGGCUGAGAGGAAGGAGGAGGAGGGGGGGGGUGAGCAUGAGGAAGAGAAAGAGGGAGAGGGAGGAGAGAGGGAGAAGAGGAGGAGGAAGACAAUGAGGAGGAGGAGGAGGAGGAGGAGUUUUCUAUGA